AUGACGAGUUGUCGGGGAGUCUUGAUAGCCGGGGUCACGAACAGGGCGCGUACGUUAAUGGCGGAGGGUUUUUUGCGCGCCCUGACAGGCGGUCGAAUUUUCAUCGCCAGUGGUGGCGUAUUCCCCCAUGGCCUGGUGCAUCCGCUGGCGGUGCGAUCCAUGGCCGAGAUAGGUCUGGACAUUUCGAUCUUGAGCCCCUCCUCGCUUGAGUCGGCGAGGCGGAAGAGCCGGACGUACGACGUUUAUAUCAGCAUCGACGCCCCGUACGCGGACCGCCAUGCCGACCGCCACCACCGCAAGGACGACGGGGGCCGGGUCCUCUUCGGGGAUCCGGCGCUUGCGAUGGGGCCGCCCGCACACUGGACGAUCGCGCAGGACGCGGCAGAUGUCCGCUCGGGCUUUCACCUCUGGAGCCCCCGCGACCCUGCGAUUUACUACGAAAAUUCCACGCGGAAAUUUCAGGACCACCUCUACGAGGGGGAACCCCUCUUCCAGCGCCUGGAGGCGAGUACGAUGCGAUUGGACGCGAGGGUGUCGGGCCGCUGGGAGCUCACUGAGCUCUCGGAUCCCUUUGCGAUGGAGCGGGCUGGCCAUCAUCUCGAGCGAUUUCGCCAGGCUCGCGCGAAGCUGGCGGCAGAGUCCGUGCGGCUGCUCCGCCAACUAGAGGAAUACUACGGUGAGAGGCUGCUUGUUGAUAAUUCGUGCUUGGAAAGUACUCAAAGCGGAGGCCCUGAUCAAAAUUCGUUUCCUUGUCCCGCCAAGUGA